AUGACCCUAUCCCUCGCCUCGCUCCUGGAAUCGUGGAUCACCCCAGACAAGAAUUAUGACUUUGGUAGAGCAUAUGGUCACCUCCGCCCUAGAUGGUACACAACUGACUUGAGGACCAUCAAAACAGACUUCCGUAUCCUUGAAGAGAAGGACCAGAAGAUGCGAGAAGAUGCAAUCAGGAAUAGCCGAACCAUCCAAGCACAGACACCACCAUGCCGUGUCUGGGAUUUGUACAGUAAUCGCAUAGUGCCACAGUGGAUUAUCCCUGAUAAUACAGUUCCAUGGGCAAUUUCACAUGUUUGGAUGGAUGAUCGCAGAGGUGUGGCAACACCCAUCAACAGAUACAGGUGGCCUGUGCCAAUCCCCACAGAUUCGAGCCUCGAGUGCAUCCGAAUUGAGAUGUUGAACCUGGGAGCAGAGUAUGUGUGGGUAGAUGUUCUCUGUUUGAGACAGGAAGGCAGGGAAGGGGACUCCGAGGCUCAGCGUGAAAAGGAGUGGCGGCUGGAUGUGCCUACUAUUGGAUAUGUAUACCGUUGGGCUAAGAUGGUGGUGUACUACUUCAGUGGGCUGGGGAGGGCCUUGAGUGACACCGCAGGAGACUUGGAAAGUAACCGGUGUUGGUUCAAGCGUGCAUGGACAAUGCAGGAGAUCAGCCAGUAUAGAAUAUAUGCUGGUGGUGCCACAGAUGACUUUCUAGUGUAUGCCCAAGCAGCUGAUGAAGAAGAUAAGGUCGGCAGCUUUCAGGAGCAGAUAGGAUCACUGAAGAGCCUGGCACUUGAAAGAAACAGUCUUUAA